AUGAAGCAUACAGUAGAAGAACAUACUGAUAGAACAGUGAAAAUACUGGAGGGAAAGAUAAAGGAGGUGAUAGAAAAGGGGAAGCAGGAGGCCACCAAAGAGGCCAUGUGGCUGGGUGCCUUUGAUCUGCUCAAAGAGUCGCUAAACAGCACGGGCAUGUACGCCGAGGAAAGCCUUGUGCUGGCAAAUAAAUACGCGCCUGAGACGCUGGGCGAGAGCGCGAACGAGGUGCGCGAGUGCCUAACCCGAAUGGCGCACGCGUCAAAAGACAAAGCCUGGGAGAACCGAGGCUUUUGCCAGCUGAUGCUUAAAACGGUGUUUACGCCCGAGGCCUACGCGGACGCAGACCUGGUGGACCGGGUGAUUGAUCAGUGCACAUGCAAAAUGCCAAAGUCUCGGAAGCGGGCGCUUUCUGUUUUGCGCAGAAUUGUCGAGCACGAAAACACCACGUAUGGAGAAAGCAAGACAUUCGACAAAAUUAUUAAGACGGUUGAAGCUCUUGCAGACAAAGAUAUUGAGUACGCAGGGCGAAUCAUUUCAAUACUUGGGCAGCUGAAGCAGGAAAUAGCAAUGUACAACUCGACCGAGAAAAUGCUGCGCAUUGUGCAGCGCAUGCAGGCGGCGUCUCCCAACGCAAGCAUACCGGUGCUUACGUUCGCAGAGUCUCUUUUGCUGGAUGCCCCGCUGCAGCACAUAGAUCUGCACGUGGCUCUUAUCGAGUCUGCUGCGGGGAAGGGGUGCCAGACUUCGGAGAGCCUGUCUAUUCUGCUAAAGUACCUGGCUUUGGUGGCAAAAAGCAGCUCUGUGCGCUCUAUGCAGACAGGAGAGCCGUUCUUUGUCGAGGCAGAAGGGUCUUCGUUUGAGCUGAGCAUCAAAGAGCUUGUUUCCGAGGCAAUUGAAAAGGCAAAGCCGGCCCGGAUAGACGUGUCUUUGUGCGAGGCCGUGCACAGCCUGAUGGUGGCGCUGAACGAGCGAGCCUUCCCAGCCUUCAAGCGGGUUGUUCUUGUGCUUGCCCAGUACUGCUUCAACGAGAAGGACCUGCGCAUGGCCAAGUGUGUAGAGCUGAUGAUAGGGGCCAUAGGCCUGGACCAGUUUAUGAAGGCGGUGAAGGAGCACGAGUUCUUCUUCUGGCUGCCCAUGAUAAGGUCCGGCGUGCACUCAGAAGACAUUGAGGUGUUUAUGCGCAGAUUUAUGCCGGAGAUUUCGGUCACUUGCAGAACGGAGAAAAAGGCGGAGUACGAAGCGCUGUGGGCCUGCUUCCCCUCUUUCUGCCGAGGCAUGAAAGACGAGCGCGGGCUGUUUGGCAAGCUCAUGGAGAAGCUUCCCUUCCACCUGAGCAACCCCUCGGUGCGGGGGUAUAUUUCGCAGGGCAUUUCCGUGCUGGUGGAGGAGUCGUACAGAGAGAUGGAGCGAAACCCUUCGGCCAUCCCCUUCAGAACGGCCCUGCUGAGCACGCUGUCCAACGCAAUUGACCUGUUUGAGAGGCUGCUGCAGAAGUUUAAGCUGGAGCAGACCGAGAACGAUAGAGAGGGCCUUCGAAGCCUGAUAAAAGUGCUGGACGCAGACUGGCUGCGCAAGUACUACGCGGAGAUAGUAGAGAGCGCGUUUUUGCAAACCGAGGAGAUGUAUUCGGGCGAGCUGAGGCCAGACCUCAACCGAAAAGAAACAGACGUGCCAGAGCAUGAAAGAGUGUUCAUAAACAACGCCCCGCUUCUGGAGGUAUCGGCGCACAUGUUUGUGGGCAACGCCCAGGUCACAAUGGGCGUUCUAAAGUACGUGAUGUCCACGCACUUGAGGACCCAGAAGAUGGCGUACAAGGUGCUGCUUGGCCUGAUCCACGGAGGAUUCUGCCCUGCCUCUCUUAUAGACUUCUUUAUGGACCCUCGGGCAGACGCAGUUCUUUUCCAGUGCAGCAGGCAUCUGAAGCUGCAGGUCAUGCACGAGCUGGUGAAAAAACACAACGUGCAAGAAGGGCCGGUUAUGUGCAGGCUCUUGUUUGAAAUCAUCCGGGCAGUGCGGACCGAGGGCGGGCGCAACCGAAAAGUCGCGUUCGACAUUACUAACGAAAUAGCAGUCGCCUACCCCGCGCCCGUCUUUGCGGAAAUAUGCAAGAUGGCAGCCGCCGGAAUUCCGUCGGGCAACUCGGACUACCAGGCCGGGGGAAUUGUUGUGCUGUCGUCGCUUUUCUACCAGGGAAGAGACAACGUGACUGUUGAGAUUCUGGAUAUGGCGUUUGACAUCGUAGACAGGCUUUCAACCGAGAAAAAGUAUGCAGUGGCAAAGGGCUCUAUCGGGUUCCUGUCGGUGCUUUUGAUUGAGCUUGGCCAUAUGGACAGAUACCUGGAAAAGGCGCUGGUCUGCCUGGACAGGAUCAUUUUCCACUUUAAGGCAAAGCUGCACGAAAACAUAAAGCUGAUUCUUAGAAAGAUUGUAGAGAGGCGAGGAGUCUCAGUGCUGACAUGCCCCCAGUCUGCCCUUCUAGACUACAAAAUAGGCCGCUCCAGGCAUACAGAGGAAGAGCGAAUAGUCACCGACGCCAGCGGAAAAAUGAGGAUAAAGGAGCAGAAGAUCGUCAAAACCACAGGAAAAAAAAGGGUCAAGAGAUAG